CCGAACGCAAAUUUAAAUUUGCUUGUUUACAAAAAUAAUUCAAUGAUUAUUAAUUAAAGGUUAUUUUGGUCUUAUCAAUAUUCAUUUGAACAAGUAUUGUAUUUGCACUUAUAAUUUUGUCAAGUCAAGUUAUCUUGAAACUAUAUAAGAACCCUUUUCAAUAAAACGAUAAGUAUUUAAUUGUUUAUUCGUUUUCUAUCAACUCCUUAAAAACUCUUUUUGAGGUUCCCAGUUAUAAAUUAGGUACUGAAAAGUAAUUAUUAAAUAUGGCUUUUAAAGCUCCAAUUCUUAUAUUGAACAAUGGCCUAGAAAUGCCUAUUGUCGGACUUGGAACCUAUGCGCGAAAAGCAGAACCUGGUCAAUACCAGCAAGCCGUAGAAUGGGGUAUAGAUGCAGGCUAUAGGCAUAUAGAUACAGCUAGUUGUUACAAGAAUGAAGAGGAAGUCGGUCAAGGGAUUAACAAAAAAAUAAAGGAAGGAAUUGUCUCGCGGGAUCAACUGUUUGUGACUACUAAGCUAUGGAAUGAUUGUCAUGCAGAAAAAGAUGUAGUUCCUGCACUAAAAGAAUCCCUGCAAAGGUUAAAAUUGGACUAUGUGGACUUGUAUCUUAUACAUUGGCCUGUGUCUAUUAAUGCGAAAGGUGAUGACCAAGAAAUAGAUUAUAUAGAAACAUGGCGCGGUAUGGAAGAAGCUUUGAGCUUGGGUCUCACUAAAUCCAUUGGAGUGUCCAAUUUCAACGAGGAACAGCUUCAGAGGAUAUUAAAUAGUUCUAAAGUUAAGCCUGUCGUGAAUCAAGUGGAGAUAAACCCGACACUAACACAACACAAGUUGGUUGAUUUUUGCAAGAAGCAUUCUGUACAACCUGUGGCCUACACUCCCCUAGGUCUUAUAUCAGACGCUAGACCAGAAUUCGCGGGCAAGGAUGUGAUCAAAUCUGACCCUAAACUUGGUGCCUUAGCUGACAAGUAUGGAAAAACUAGAGCGCAAAUCGCUUUGAAAUAUUUGGUACAACGAGGCAUUGCAGUUCUACCAAAGUCGUUCACGGAAUCUCGAAUCAUAGACAAUUUGAACAUUUUCGACUUUGCACUAAACGAACAAGAGAUGGCGCUAGUUGACAGUUUUAAUAUUGACCAUAGAUGCGUUCCCGGGGCCUCUUUCGCUAAAUAUAAGAAUUAUGCGUUUUAAUUGUUUGUUUGUUAAUUAAAUAGUUAGGAACACAAGCACCUUAAUGUUACGUUAGUAAAUGUUACUUAAAAUUGUUUGAAUUAUAGGUGAACCAAUGUAAGGUUUAAUUUUAUAGUUUUUUACAAACCAAAAAGGUGUUUUUCUUUUGUUAUCAUAAUAAGAUUUAAAAAUAAGAGAAACAUAAUGACUAGGUAGGUAUACAUCAGAUCAUGCACAUAAUUAUUAAAAUGGUGCCAAAAUGUAAUGGAUAUAUUCUGUGCCUAUGUUUUCCUGUAAGUUAGCUGCAAUAGUUAUUGGUGAUAUAAUGUGAUAGUUUUAUAGUGCUAUAGCAAUUGUUGUGUAUAUUUUUUAUAUAUGUAUUGGUGUUUGUCUGUUUUAUUAAAUGAAUUAUUUUCGAA